GAACCUUCUGAAUAUCCUUAGCGCUGGAUUUGGGAACCAAUCAAUCAAAAUAAGGCAAAGCAGGACAAAUAAUAAUUUUUAUAUUUUCGUUGGAAAUGGGCUGCAUUUUCGAAGAAAUAAAGAAAGGAGAUGGUCAGACAUUUCCAAAAGUUGGACAAACUGUGGUGCUACAUUAUACAGGAAGAUUACAAAAUGGUCAAAUAUUUGACUGUUCAAGGGAAAGAAAGCAACCAUUUAAGUUUGUUCUGGGAGAAAACCAGGUUAUAAAGGCAUGGGAAGAGAACGUAAAAAAGAUGAGUAUAGGUCAACAAAUAAAAUUAACUUGUCCACCAGACUAUGCAUAUGGAAAAAGAGGCUACCCUGGCGUAUAUCCUUUUUUCUGAGAUUGAAGUUUUAUUAUAUAAAUAAUUAAAGGUAACCCUGUUU